ACUGUGCAACCUUUUUAUUUUUCUGUCGCUUGUCACUUUUUUACCCGUUUGUAAAUUGGAAACUCCGUAUUUUGUAAUAAGUAAAUUUCCAGUAUCUGUUUACAAAAAAGAAAGCAAUGGAUGAACUACUCGAAAUCGGAAAUGCCUAUUUGAAUUCGAUUGGGCUUCCCGCCGAGUGGCAUCGUCACUGGAGCAACAUACAAAACGUCCUGAUGGACCAGGACGAAAACGGACGGCCCCUUAACCUGCCGGACGUAGAGGUGGUGCCCCUGCAUACUUUUCACCUCCAGGAAGUUAAUCCUGCCCUCUCAGCGGCCGGCGACGGUCCCCACAACAAUCCACCCCCGUUGGGCCAAAACGAAGGAAUCUUGGGCCCGGCCCUGAUCAUUUUCCGCCACCGGAGGCUGCGAGUCCCGUUCUUCAGUUUCGAGCGCCUGAUGCCCGUGGUCAUUCUGUUCUCCGGUGUAAUCUUCAGGAAGAUUCUCAAUCACUUUGGCAUUGACAUUAGCCAAGCUUUCCUUUUCGGUCUGUCCUACAACACACAUUUUGUGAUAUUUCAGUGCAUCAUGAGUUUUGCCACGCACUGGAUAAAAGACUUCCUAGGUGACUGAAAAGAGUUUCCAAAAAUACAAACCUAUAUUUUAUAAAACAA